AUGUCAAUUGAUCAACAACAAGUAUUAUUGAAUGAAGCAAAACACGCUGUAAACGAAAAAGACUAUGAUUCAGCUAUACUUAAAUAUCAACAAGUUAUAAAUGACCAAUCUGAAGAGAUCAAAUUAAACAAAAAAUUACAAUUUCAAGAAAUUUCAAUUAUUGAAUUGGGUAAGAUUUAUCAAUUAAUAGAUAAACCUCAAGAUUUAUAUAAUUUAAUAAAUGAUUCAAGAAAUAUAUUAGGUAAUUUCGCUAAAUCAAAAACUGCUAAAAUUGUUAAAACUUUAAUUGAAAAUUUUGAUCAAUUAAAUUCAUUAGAUUUGCAAAUUAAAUCAACAAAGGAAUGUAUAACUUGGGCUAUUGAGUCAAAAUUAAUUUUUCUUAAACAAUCAUUACAAUUAAAAUUGUCUGAACUUUUAUAUAAAAAAAAAAAUUAUCAUGAAGCAAUUAAAAUUAUAAAUGAUUUAUUAAGAGAAUAUAAAAAAUUGGAUGAUAAAUCUUCUUUAGUUGAAGUUCAAUUAUUAGAAUCAAAAAUUUAUAAUGCUUUAAGAAAUUUCCCAAAAGCUAAAGCUGCUUUAAAUUCUGCUAGAACUUCAGCAAAUUCAAUUUAUUGUCCAACUGUUUUACAAGCAGAAUUAGAUUGUCAAUCUGGUAUUUUAAAUUCUGAAGAUAAAGAUUAUAAAACAGCAUUUUCUUAUUUUUAUGAAAGUUUUGAAGGUUUUAAUUCUCAAGAUGAUUCAAGAGCUAUUAUUGUUUUAAAAUAUAUGUUGUUAACUAAAAUUAUGCUUAAUUUAAUUGAUGAUGUAAAUAAUAUUUUAAAUAAUAAAAAUGUAUUAAAGUAUAAAUCAAAAGAUAUUGAUGCUAUGAAAUCAAUUGCAAAUGCUUAUUCAAAUAGAUCAUUAAAAGAAUUUGAGAAUUCUUUAAAUUUAUAUUCAACCGAAUUAAAAACUGAUUUAAUUAUAAAAAAUCAUUUUAAUGCUUUAUAUGAUAAUUUAUUAGAACAAAAUUUAUUAAAAAUUAUAGAAAGUUAUGAUUGUGUUGAAUUAUCUUAUAUUUCAAAAAUUAUUGAUUUAAAUUUACAACAAGUUGAAGGAAAAUUAUCUCAAAUGAUUUUAGAUAAAGUAUUUUAUGGUGUUUUAGAUCAAGGUAAUGGUUGGUUAAUAAUUUAUGAUGAACCAAGAAAAGAUGCUGCUUAUGAAGCUUCAUUAGAAUUGAUUAAAAAUUUAUCAAAUGUUGUAGAUUUAUUAUAUGAAAAAGCAAGUUUAUUAAAUUAA